CGGAUCCGUCCCCUGGAUUAGUCUUUGAUUACCCAAACGUCAAAGAUGAAAUCUACGAGCAGCCAGUCAAUUUGAUGAAUCCCAAAAAGGUUCCGCACGCUAAGGACGAUCCCUUGGAAGCGACCAAAGCUAACGACGAGACGUGGCCAACAUUCGACUUCUCCAAAUUCGAGUCGUAUCUCAACAACGACGGCGACCAAGGCAGCAACAGAAUAAAACGCAAAGCUAAGCGUCGCCGCGGCAAAAGCAGGCGUCGAAUGAAGUAUAAUAGUACGCCAAGCGAUGAGUUUGAGUCAGGAAACGCAACCACUUCGAGGAACCCGAAGGCUCGCAGAUCCCACGACGACGACAGCAGUAUGCGGCAGAGCAAAAAUAAAAAGAUAAAAAAUAAAAAACACCGGCCCACAUAUGAAACGUACGAUCCGCCCGUCAAGCAAUGGGAGUCCGGCUUUGUGGAGAUGCCUAAGGAUCUUUACCAGGCUCACCUGAGGCCGGGAGUGAUCUUCAGAAUCCACAUGGCCGAAGCGAUCUUGAAGAUGCAGUACCGAAAUUACGGCGAGGACAAAGACGAAUCCGUGAUAGAAGCCGACGUGGAGUAUCUGCGUCUGACCCGGAAGGUUAUCAACGAUGAGAUCACCAAGUUCGAGGACCUGAAGUGGCUGAUCGGCUGGUUCAACAACCGCUCCGAGCUGAUACAGGAGCACAUGUGCAACACGAGAUACUACGCAGUCGGAAUACCGCCGACGCUGUUCACUCACCCCGAAGAGUACAUGAAGCGCAUGUGCCUAUUCGACAAUGUUUACAUUGACCACAUUCCGUACGUGGUGGGCGAGGACAGUUCCCUGAUGGCCGCCGUGGCGCCCCCGGUCCUGCACUGCGACGCGGCUACAUGCACGUCUGUGCCAUUUAUCGACAGCAUCAUGUUUGAAGAGCGUCUUUCGCGUACCAACGUGCGCACGGUAACGCGAUGCCAGUCCAGCUGCCGAGCUCACUGCAGAAACGACGCGGACUGCCUCAAGAGGUGCGCGGACAGAUGUCUCAGAGCCGACUGAGAUGACGACGUCGUA